CUAAAGAUGAAACAGCGGAAGAUUCAAAACGAAGAUGGCGGCUGAAGACGCUCCCCACAACAUUCACAAACUGGGCAGAAGGGGGACAAAAUGCAGUGUGUUUACCAGCCUGGAAAAGCCGAACUCCAGCCAGCCUGUGAUCUUUAACCCAGACUUCUUUGUCGAGAGGCUGAGACAUGAGCAUCCACAGGCCUUCGCUGAUUUGGUACUCAGCAACAUCACUCGACUCAUAGACCUUCCAGGGGAUGAGUUUGCCCAGCUCACCGGAGAGACUGAGGCUAAGGUGCCCUCCGCCACUGGCUUUCUACGCUCCCUCAACUUCCUGAAACGGAAAGAAAAAGGAGUGGUUUUUGGUGCACCGUUGACUGAAGAAGGAAUAGCACAGAUCUAUCAGCUGAUUGAAUACCUGAGUAAAAACCUUCAUGUGGAGGGAUUGUUCCGUGUGCCAGGGCACAGCCUAAGGCAGGCAGCCCUGAGGGAGAUGCUGAAUGCUGGGGCAGAUAUAGAUCUGGAGACAGGCGAUUUCCACCCAAAUGAUGCGGCCUCAUUGCUUAAAGCCUACCUGGGAGAGUUGCCAGAGCCUCUGCUCACGCACAGACACUAUCAUGCUCACCUAAAGAUUGGAGAGCUGACUCGCUUCGAUGAUAAGGGGGACAAGACAAAUGUUCCUGAUAAAGAACGCCAGAUUGAGGCAUAUCAGCUGCUUUUCAUGCUGCUUCCACCAGCCAACCGCAGCCUGUUAAAGCUGCUGCUGGACCUGCUGUACCACACUGCUCGAAAUCAGCACAUCAACAAGAUGUCUGCUAUCAAUCUAGCCACAAUGUUUGCUCCACACAUCAUCUGGCCCAAAAAUGUGAUGGCAAGUGAUCUGCAGGAGCACAUCGAACAACUGAAUAAUGGCAUAGCAUUCCUCAUCAGGCACUCACAAAAGCUGUUUAAGGCACCAACAUACAUCAAAGAAUAUACCCGCUUAUACUACACGGGAUCAAAAACUCUUCAGUCAAAGGAUGAUCUGAUGCUCAGUUCUGGGACUAAAGAAGGACCCGUGUCUGCAGUGACACCUGCCUCCCCUUCUCCCUCCAUGAGAACAGUCAGAGAUGAUGUCAGCAGCACCCCCACCACAAGGUCACUCGAGACUCAGAGUUACACUGAAUCUGCCCUCAGAGAGCUGUACCAGCAUGUCACCAACAUGCCCGAGUCUGCCAAAAAGAAGAAGCUCAUCAGACAGUUUGAGAAGCAGCCUUUACUGACACCUUCCGCUGACUCUCGGACACCAUUCACAAGGAAACAUUGGCGUUCACGCUCUUUGGGUGGAAUUAUCAAGAGGAAGGUUUUGGGAAGCCAAAUAUUAACGGAGAAAGAAAACAGCAGACUGCAGGCCCAGCGGUCAGUUGAUGGCCAAAAAGGAGAAAACAGCAGCUGUUGAGAAGAUUGUUCGUCUUUAAGAGAACUUGCUCUUCACGACUAAGGAAACAUCGGGCUGGCUGUUAUGUUAGGGGUAUUAAAGGAUCUUUCUGAGGCGUCGACACAAACUAAACAGUGCAAGGCACUGUAUGGCUUUGUUUUGACACCAUGUUUAGAUCUGUACUCAGCUUUUUUUUUCUCAAGAAGUAAAGUUUGUUCUAAGGGUUAGCCUGAUAGCAAGAAACCACUGCAAUUUCUUUGUGGCCUGCAAAGUUUUAGUGAAGCUAGGGGACACAUAAAAGGGGUUCUUGUACAACUGUGAGGAUGUUAUGUGCUUUAGUUGAAGGCAAUGCAAAGUUAUUUGUCCUUACCCAUUCUAUAGGAAUUCCUUCAUUGUCUUAUUUCUUGUUCAUUCAUUGCAGGACUCAAGUUUGCAUGCAUUUUUUUUUUAGUUUUAUCAUUGACUGAAACAUGUUUAUUUUAUUUACCAAACUAUUGUAUUUAUUUUUUACUGGUUAUCUGGAUGUUUCAAGUCCUGGAAUCCUGUGCAUCAGAUGCAUUGUUAGAAUGUGAUGAGCAGGCUUUUCUACUUAAAUAUUAAAUUUGUUUGUAAGUUAUGCUAGGUUAGUUAGACCCACACAGUCCGUGCAGACUGUUAAAGACUUAUUAGAGAAGUGGUGAAUUCACAAUGUGCCUUAAAGUGAAUAUAUCUUAAAUUACUGUAUUUCUUUUUUAUUAUUUAAUAUUUUAUCUUUCAAUCGCGAUAGCUUUAAGAGUGUGCUCAAACGUCUAUAAAGUACGUAGUAAGUGUCAGAAAAAUAAGUGUGCGAAGACUGAUAGAGAGUGAAGAAUAGAGGAUAGGAGAAACAGACUGAGAGGCCAAAGGUCCAGCUUGUGUAGAUUAUAUAAAUAGUUUUGUCUUUCUUUCCACUUCAGCUCAAAUUUUGGGUGUCAAUACUGUGAUGCUUUAUACUACUGCCAUUUUAUUUUUGCAUUUUAUAUUUUAGUUUUUCUCAGGCCAUUUUUGAUUCUUAUGCAACAUUGUAUACAGCUUUAUACGCUUUUGUGUCUUUACAGUUAUUCAGCUAUUUAGUGUGAGUUUUUUAUUAUUUUAAAUUUUUUUAUAAUGUCUUUUUUUUUAUGUCGAAAGGUUAGACGAAUGCAAAUGAAAAUGAUUUGGUUUUUGCCCUCUAUUGUGGUUGUUAUCCGAGGUGCUUCCUAGGAGACUUUGAGUCACCUCCACUUUCUAAUUCUGCUUGCUGUCUUAUUUUUUUAGUAGCAGUUUUCCAGCUCAAUGGUCGCUCUGCCAAGCUGUUACAAUUUGACUAUAAUGUGAUAAUUGCCAACACAGUCGACUUAAUUGACCAUGUAAACUGAUGAGACCGAUGCAACUGUGAAGCUAUGCAACUCACUGUAAUUAAAAGACA